AUGAAACUGCCCAAAGUGGCCAAAAAGUCUGUGUUCUAUGGGCAGCACCCAGAGAAGAUGGAGCCGUUGCCCUUAUGGCAGGAGAUCAAGCAGACCCCUGUUGUCAUGGCCAUGAUCCAAGGUCCAGGGCCUGCCAAGUACCUCCGGCCAUCUUGCACGGGCUACAUAGAUCACGACAUCUCCAUGUUCCAGGAGCCAGCUUACAGCCUACACACCCGGCACUCGGAGAAGCGGAUCUCAGAUAUAUACAGCCCUGGGCCUUGCUACCUCUUGGAUCCUAAAGUAACUAGAUUUGGAAUGUCCAGCUGCCCACAGGUCCCCAAAGAAGAGCGCAUUGGCAACAUGCGCCUGAGCCCCACCCUGGCCCCUUGCCAGUACUGCUUUGAAAACAUCGCCCCACCUGCAGAACGCAAGGCUCCCCAGUAUACUUUUGGCUAUCGAUGCCCAUAUAGAGUGAUGGAUCCCAAUCCAGCUCCCAACCAGUACCAGCUGCCACUCGUGCUGGGGCCCAAUACCCCUGUCAACCGAGCCGCUCCCUGCUAUAGCCUGGCCGCCAUGGAUAAGAACUGGUUCUACAAGGGGGAUGUGGCAGGAGGCCCUGGACCUGCCAUGCAUGCCCGACCGGAGCCAUCUGUCUACCAGAACCGCAGCCCCAUCUACAGCAUGGCCAAGCGCUUCGCCUACCCGAGGGACCACACCCUUCGGCCUGGCCCUGGCUCCCAUGAGGUCCAGCAGGUCACGGCGCAUAAGCCCAGCUCUUCGGCUUUUACCAUGGGCAUUAAGCACUCACCCUACCUGUGUUCAAUGGUCCUUGAGAUUAAUGAUUGA